GCGAAGGGAACCUCCAGCUUCGGAAAGCGCCACAACAAGACACACACCUUGUGCAGACGUUGUGGACGACGGUCCCUUCAUAUCCAAAAGCAUACCUGCUCUUCUUGUGGAUACCCAUCAGCAAAGAUACGUAAAUACAACUGGGGCGAGAAGGCCAAACGGAGGAAGACUACUGGCACUGGACGUAUGCGAUACCUUAAGUGUGUCGCUCGCAAGUUUAAGAAUGGGUUCCAGACUGGUGAACCAAAGGACGCAAGAGGACCCAACAAGAUAUCUGCAUAA